AUGCAUAAGCAACGUGCUACACACCACAUUCAAAAUGAAUCCAGUGCAGUUCAGACUAGCCUGCUUUAUGGAUCCGAAGAAGGGCGAGAAUUCAUUCACAGCCUAUCCAGUCCAUCCACACGACAUAUAAAGUCACAGGCGACAUGUUGGUAACAUGUCAGCAGUAAAUAAUAUCAACCUGCUUUUGUUUUAAAGAAUGGAGAAUUUACUAUGGAGGUUUGUUUCUCCUCAAGGGCCCCUUGUAAUGGCUGUAGAGUGAGUCACAUUCCCCCAGGGCUCACAAGUCUCUAGCAUGUCCAGUUGUGUUGGAGCAGAAUUUCACAUUACUGCGCAGUGUGCAGGCUAUUCUUGUCCUUCAUUGACAAUCCAGUCAACCUUUCAAUAAAUGAGAAGUUGAGAAGACUCUCAUAAAAUCGUUGAUACAAGUGACAUCAAACAGUACCACAGAUUAACAGUUAAGCUUCCUCAUUAAGUCGGUUCUUUGAUGUCCACCCUUUAGAACUGACUGUUGUUUUUUUUUACAUCGAACUGAGUUGAGAGUCGAACACUGUUCCUAGAAAUCUGUCGACAAUUUGAACGUCUUCAUUUUGUAUAAUGCCAGCUAUAAUUGACUUUCUCUACACUCAAAUGCUAGCUGUAAGCCCCUGAAUUAAAUCGUGUGUGGCUCCCAGUAAUAUCGGAGUGUAUGGGUCUGAGUAUAUUAGUAAAGGGUUUACAAUAAAUAUUAAAUGCAAAACACAUAGAGGUGCAAAAUAUGUGUUUUUAAUUUAGUAAAAAGGUACUCUAUGACAUUCUGAACCUAAUGUUAAACUCAAGGAUCAUGUUAAAAAUAAUUAGACAUAAUACGUUUUGACUCUAUAGACCGACACUAUUUAAAUAAAUCAAUAAAUCAAUCACGCAAUCAAUCAUUAAUCAAUCGAUCAAUCAAUAACGGGCAUACAAAUAAAGGUUAACCUAAAUCAGAAUUAGACAAUUCUUAUUUAGCCUACCUUCAGGCAAUGAAGAUUAAACCAGUUUAAAUGCCUGGAAAACAUUGAAGAGAUCAUUUAAAUACAUUAGCCCAGCCUCCUAGACACGCUUGCUUUUUGUCUUUGUGCUGAAUAUGAACCAAUGAAGCCUGGCUGUGGUGACAUCUUCCUAUAUUGUGGUCAGAAGUUGACGGGGUGGUGCAUGAAUUGCUGGUGCCAAUUUAAUCACACUGAGACUUGAGACAAGAAGUGAUCUCUUUGUAAUGGAGUCUGAAGAGGUGCAGAGUGAUGUUUCCCAGGAGCCAGUAGCCAGUGAGGUCCACAGAAAGACUGGGAGCCAGGAUGCCCCGGAGUUAACGAUGGCUGAAUCCAGCGCUCAGUGUGAAGCGGGUGCCAGGCAAGACAAAGGUGCUGAGGUGGGGGAGAAGUCCUUUGUGUCGAACCUGCACGGUUUCAUGAAGGAGAGAGGAACGGCCAUAGAGAGGAUCCCCCACUUGGGCUUCAAGCAGAUCAACCUUUGGAAGAUAUAUAAAGCUGUUGGGAAUCUUGGAGGUUAUGACUCAGUGACCGCACGGCGUCUGUGGAAGAGCGUCUACGACGACCUGGGAGGGAGUCCCGGCAGUACCAGCGCAGCCACCUGUACCCGCAGGCACUACGAGAGGCUGGUUCUGCCGUUCGACAGACACCUGAGAGGAGAGACAGACAAGCCUCUGCCGCAGGGUAAACCCCGGAAACAGUACCGGAGGAACAUGGAGAAGGCCGGCAAAGAACGAGGGAAGAGGAAGACUGUCCGUAUGGAGAAGGAGCUCCGUGAGGCCCAGAGGAUAACCAAAGCUACAGUGCAAGUUGAGGCUGGAACUCAGGCAUAUGCAGCUCCAUGGCCCAUCUCCAGACCCCCGCUGAGCUGCCCGCAGACCAACCGAGAGCCUGCCGUUGUUUGUACUGCGGCUUACGACGGCUCCAGAUCACUCUGCGUCCCGCUUCCUGCGUCACAACCGUUGAGCGAUCACAUGGUCUCUCCUCCUGGCAUGGGCCUCUCUCCCCUGGAGAAGAAGAAAAGGAUGGCCCAGGCCAGCCUCAGCCAGCCUUCACACCUCCAGGACGAUGAUAAAGACAGGCCCAGUGUCAUCCACCGCCCCCUGCCUCAGGCCACGCAGCUUCCCGCUCCCAAGUGCACCACCUUGGAGGACUCUCCGAGGCCUGUGUCCACCUCUUCUUCCCGCUGCUCCUCCCCUCACUCCUCCCUCUCCUCAGAGGACCUUCCAGCAGCCGCUGGAGGGAAGCCUGAACCAAACGGAGCAACGCCACGGCAAUACGUGACGCUGGUCAGUGGCAGGAGUCGCUUGGUUGCGGACAAUAAGUUCUGUAGUGCAAUCACCAAAGGACAAGUCAUUCCUUUCCCUGGCACCCAAUUACUGAAAGCGGACGCCAUCGGAAAUGAGAACAAAGACUCUGUAUGGAGAGCUGUCCCAAAGGUCAGCGGAAGAGAGUCUGCUCGCACUUGCCCAAAGGCGACAUCUUCCUCCUAUUUCGGCGUUCACACAAACUGGCCACCGGCACCUAACUCAAGUUUCACCAAAGUCCUUCCAAAACCAGCACAACCUCUCAAACCAACUCCUCUCCCGCGUGGUUAUAAAAUCGACCAAGGUUGGCCGACGCAGCCGCACGAUCAGUCGGUAAAGAAGCGACAUCACCUCCCUCCCUGGAUCUAUCAGACGUCGGAGAGGAGAGACAAAUCUAAGCGGUUUCUUACUAGCGAGCCUCGGCCCCUUCACGGUGGCAGCCAGCCCCCUCCGUCCUACCUCUUCACAGACUAUGGCAGGGCGGUCAGAGACAGUAUGCCUCAACCACCCCCCCUCCAAGCGUUUCUGCCAGAGAGAAUGAGGACGGCGCACUCCCAGCCUCUAUACCACCAAGCCCCGGUAGGGCUGAGUCACCCAGCCCACUUCUACUCUUACCCUUCUUACUACCUCUCUGCAUGGAGCGACCAGAGUGAAUACGCGCGAGCGGGGGUUUCUCCUCAGUCCGUUUAUCCUCGUAAACUUUGAUACUGUGCAGAAGAAGAAAGAGAAGAAAGAGAAGUAGAAGAAGAAGAGGGUUAAGUGGAAAGAGGGUUAACAUAGGUCCCUAUAGGUUGAUUAUGAGUCUACCUCUUUAACUGAAAAUGUGUUCUUUCUUGUGUGUUUGCUGCAAUAAUUUUGUUGAGCACAAUGAGUACAGUAAUACAGUAAUACAUGAGGCAUAUUGGCCGACUGAAUAUUAGGAAUUUGUUAAAUAUCCCUAUUUGAAAUGUGAGUUGAAUUGCAUUGGAAAUUAUAAUGUAAAUGUCUGCUUUAUGCCCACAUUAAAACCCAAUACUUAUUUUGAUGAUGUCAGCAUUCGUGAAUGGAAACUGGGGUUUGCAACUCAUCUUAAAAUAUAUUUCUUGGCAAUAUCAUCUUCUGCUUUCCAGUUCCAAAUAUCACGUCCAGGCACAAGGAUUUCCCUUCUGUUUAAAUUGUUAAGAAACCAAACCACCAGUAAUAAAAAUGGCAAAAUCCUCUA